CUAGUAGUUGCCAGACACGGAGCAGACCUGACCAAUGUUCUGUGGAUGCGUCCUGACUCUAUGUUGUUGGAGAUCAACUUUGAGCAACGAUGCCACGGUUUAAAACCAUACAUGUGGCAGACAUUAGACGCCUACGCAGAACGACAGGAUUCCGAUAACCGCAUCCAUUUUCAGAUAUCAGGAAACGAUGGCAGCCAGGUUUUCGACAAAGUAUUUUUGAAGCGCGAGAUGCUUGGGUACCCGAGACGGGUGUGUAAUGAAACUUAUGGGCGGUAGUUGUCGUUUCACUUUCUCCAACAACCUUUAACAUGAAUUCGCUCAUCUUCUAAAAUGUAGGAUCCGGUGGCAACACCCAUCGCAGUCCCGGAUAUUAUGCCGACUUUGCGAGAGGAGUAGGUGUCUACUAUGACUCUCUAGAACUGCAGGUUGACGUGGAGCAGAUCCUCGAAGCUGAAAGACGGCAUCAGGAGAAAAUGAGGCAGCCAGGGAGUAGUGAAGAGGCACCACGUUUAGUUGUCGGAAAGCCACCAGAAGAGGGGGUGGUGAACGAGAGGUCUACUCCUGUUCAGAGUUUCGACUACGAUCCUCAAGGGAGGCUCAAAUACGCAGACUUCUUUCUUCCGAUUGCUCCUUUAGAUGCUAAAGUCGGCGCUUUUUUGAAGAAAAAAGUCCUGCUGGGAAGCUCUACAUCAUGAUCUUCGUACUUAUAGCGAGUACAACUAAAACUAUGUUUCUAGCUAGUUGAUGAAUUUGUAACUCAUUUUUUUCUUGUAUUUUUUUUCAUCUUUAUUCUAUUAUUAUUGUUCUAGUUUUUCAUCAUCUUUGUUCUUGUGUUUCUUUUUCGUUUCAAGAAUUUCUCGUUCAGGUGACUUUCUUGUUUUUCAUUGUGACUUAAAACCACUUACAAAUUACUGCUUUUCAUUGUGACUUGAAACCACUACAUCCAACUUUCGCUGUUCCUCAAUCCAAAAUGAUACUGCUAUGUAUGUAUAUUAAAAACUCAAUAGCGAAGCCGCAUGGUCAAAGCAGCUGCAGCUAAAAACUCUCUAUUCUUGUUACCAUUUCAAGAACUUAUGUGCCAACGUCGUGUCUAGAAGAAUCAACAGACAUCUCUUGUUGUGUAUUCCCUAUUCAAAAUUAUGUAUCCCUUCUCCUCUCGUCCUCCCCUCGAGGUGCACAU